AUGAGCUCCAUCACCGACCGAGCCGCAGGCUUCAUCUCUCGCGUCAACCCGCUCAAGGAUCCUCACUUCGCCCAAGACGCUUCGCGCGCCCUUCACUACAACUAUGGCCCCGUUUCUAUCCUUGCUGCCUUUGCUGGCUCGCACCUCCUGCUGCAGCAUCGUCUGCCUAUGCUCUUCUAUGGUCUUGACAACAACGUCUACCCUCGCGACGACCUCCGCGUCAAUGGCGAGAAGCACGUUGCCUCUGGCAAGAUCACCCCCGCUCAGCUCCGUCGUCUCAAGCGUUGGGAAGCUGCUCACUACAACGCCAUCGAGAACCUGCCCAUCUUUGUCGGCACCAUCCUGUCGCUUCAAUUCGCGGGUGCCUCGAACCGCUUGAUCAACCGCGUCGCUGGAGUCUACCUCACUGCUCGUGCUGCCUUUGCUGCGUUGUACAUUACCGUGGAGGAUCCCUCUCUGGCCUGGGGCCGUACUAUCGCUUGGUGGACUGGCAACAUCACGUGCAUCUACGGUCUCGUUCAGGCUGCUAAGCAGCUCAACCACGGCGUGGCCACUGGUGCAACCGCUCUUUGA